UGAGUCUGUUAAAGCUUUACAACGAUUGUUAUAUUUCUUCUAAUGUUAAUUUAAGUGUUAAAUAUGUUUCUUAAGUGUUUAUUGUUGUUGUUUUACUUAGGAUUACUAGAUGGAUUAAGAGCGUCUUACCCCGCGCGGAUUCGAGUGUCGUCCACGUGCACCAUACCCACCCUGGCCAACGGCAAGCUGAAGCUGCGGCAGCGCGGGCGGCUAGUGCGGUUCCAGUGUAACCCGCAGUACACGCUCGUCGGCAGCCGCUACGCCAGCUGCGUCAACGGCCGCUGGGACGAGCCGUUGCCUGUAUGCAUACGUCCCGGGUGUGACGUGAUGGGCAUAGACAACGGCAUGUACAUAGAGCACUCUGCGGCGUGGGUGGUGUACUUCUGUUUGCCGGGCUACUCGAUGCUGGGCUCGCAGGUCGUCUACUGUGACGGCAGCAAGUGGAACGCUACGGCGCCAACCUGUGUCGACAGAAACCAGCCGACGCAGUUAAGUUGUGACUUCGAAUCAGAAGACCUCUGCGGCUGGGUGCAGGACGAGCUGCACAACUUCGACUGGGAGAGGAAGUCCCGGAAGACGCCCAGCAGCUUCCUGUUCACCGGGCCCUCCUGGGACCACACCCUGGGCAGCGGGAAUGAUGGUCAUUACAUGUACAUAGAAAGUUCGUCCAAGUCCGAGAACGACACCGCCCGACUGAUAUCUCCCGUCUUCAGCGGCGCUCGCGCCAAGGACGGCUGUUUCUCAUUCUACUACCACAUGUAUGGAGCGACGUGCGGUGGUCUAAGGGUAUAUCAGAAACCAGACACUAUGAUCCUGGACAACUUACUGAUGAUGUCGGAAGAGGACAAGAAGAAUUACAUCCUGUUCGAGAGAUGGGGCAACCUGGGUGACGUCUGGUUACACUCUGUCACCAACCUGACAGAUUACAAUGACAGUUUCCAGAUUAUCAUAGAAGGCAUUCGCGGCAGAAGCUACACUAGCGACAUCGCUAUAGACGACGUGGCUAUACUACAGGGGGAGAACUGUACCCUGCCUGAAAACCCCACCACACCCGCUAUUCCGGACUCCUGCGCCGGUCGCUGCGACGGGCCCAACUCGGAUGACAGCAUGUGCGGUUGUUCCACUGACUGCUUCGACUUGCACAACUGUUGUCCUGACUUCUUCGACCUCUGCGUUUUCGGUUAUGAUCAAAAUCCUGUGUCAAAAGGAACGACUGAACCACCGCCGCGUACACAGAAGUUGAUAAAUUCUACAACAGAUGCCACUGAGUCUACUACGGCGGUUAUCACCUCGACUACUACGACACCAAAACCCACGACAACGACACCAAAACCCACAACAACGACACCUAAACCCACUACAACAACACCGAAACCCACAACGACGAAACCAACGACAACUCCGAGACCCACAACAAAACCCACGACAACAACCACGAAACCCACAACCACAAGAACAAAACCCACAACCACACCGAAACCUACCACAACGACAAUGAAACCAACACCAAAACCAACACAAAAAGCAACAACUAUAAAACCGACUCCCAAAACUACAACAAAACCUGUCGUUAAAACAACACCAAAGACAACAAGAGUUACACUUACAACACUCUCAACUAAAACAACAAAACUUACAACAAUCACACCAAAAACGACAACAGACAAACGCGAAAUUCACGAUGAGGAGAUGCGCAAAGAAAGGAAAGAGAAGACAAUAGAACUGAAGAAGUUGAUCAAAGAUGAACGGAAAGGUCCCAAACCCGGCAUGAGCGGUUUCACAGUGACUGUCAUAACGCUCGGCGUUAUCAUGAGUCUGGCUGGCGUUGUCUGGUUCGGUCUGGCGUCCAGGACAGAGAGAGGCAGGAUAGUCCUGUCCCGCCUCCGAGGCAGGAUAAGGAACGACGCCGAAGUACGUUUCCUGUCGGCUAAUAUGGAAGAAGAUUAAUAAAUAUGUUAAGAGUA